UAUGGACGGUGGAUUUGUAGAAAGUACUUCGAAUGAUAGUGCAGGGCUUACAAAGAUUUCUGGAUGGAAAGGACUGGUAGAGGCUAAAGCUGGGACUGAAUAUGCGAGUUUUGAGCCAGUACACUAUACAACCCAGGUUGUAGCAGGGACUAAUUAUAAGGCGAAGGUCAAAGUUUCGGAUAGUGAAUACAUCCAUAUCCUCGUCUUUGAAGGCUUCUCUUCAGCUGAGCCAACAGUAAUGAGUGUUGAAAGUGGAAAGACACUGGAAGAAGCCCUUAACUAGACCUUUUAUGACAAAAGAUACUUACCCUAUUUCAACCUUAUA